AUGGCCCGUCAGCGCGGGACGUUCAAGUGGCUGUCUCCGCCCCGCCCGCGGGAAGAGUGCGCCUAUAAAGACCGGCGGCCGGGGACCCGGGCAGGUCCCCGGCUCCUGGUCUCGGUGUCUCUUGUUUCUGCCAUGGCUCGUACGAAGCAGACCGCCCGCAAGUCCACCGGCGGCAAGGCCCCGCGCAAGCAGCUGGCCACCAAGGCUGCCCGCAAGAGCGCGCCGGCCACGGGCGGCGUGAAGAAGCCGCACCGCUACCGGCCCGGCACCGUGGCGCUGCGCGAGAUCCGGCGCUACCAGAAGUCGACCGAGCUGCUGAUCCGCAAGCUGCCGUUCCAGCGCCUGGUGCGCGAGAUCGCGCAGGACUUCAAGACCGACCUGCGCUUCCAGAGCUCGGCCGUGAUGGCGCUGCAGGAGGCGAGCGAGGCCUACCUGGUGGGGCUGUUCGAGGACACCAACCUGUGCGCCAUCCACGCCAAGCGCGUCACCAUCAUGCCCAAGGACAUCCAGCUGGCCCGCCGCAUCCGCGGGGAGCGGGCCUGAGUUCUCGAUCUCGGUUCCAUCCCACCAAAGGCUCUUUUCAGAGCCACCACAUGUGCCCGGAAGGAGCUGUUUGCUUCUGUCUGCGUGGUCUUCCACGGUCUCGGGAAGGGUUCGGUUUCGGGGUGAUGGCCGAGCAGCGAAGAGCGCUGUUUCGGUUUCUCCAGGUGUUACAUCUGUAGCUUUUAGUGUUUCUUUAAGGAAUGUUUUUGUAUUUGAUAGCUGCGGACUAGUGCUCAGUAUUUUGCUUUUUCUAGUCCCCCUAACGCAAUCACUGCGCUUCAUGUCUACUUAGCCAUCCUUAAACUCUGCAGUCUUCCAACUGGUAUGGUGCUGAGGUAUAGUUGGUAUUUCGAGAUGGGCUGGAACGACUGGCCGUGAGUCUGACGCUAGGGAGAAACUUAAUACUCUAUCUCAGUCCAGGAGGUUAACGAUCCGUUGUUUAACCUGGCCGGAAGUGAUGGGUGCCACGCCCAUCACUGACCAGUACUGCAUGUGUGCUAUGACCUGGUUGGGAAAACUAGUGCACCCAUCACCUGAGUGCGAGUGGCUGAGCAUAUAGGGUGUUGCGUGCAUGGUGAUAUACCGCGGCCCUGGCUGGAGCAGAAAGGGCUUUUCUAAACUAGCUGAACGCCCAGGAGACCUGGCUUCCCCCUACCUCAUAAUUACCUCGCUAAAUUUCUAGACUGAUGAAGAUAAUGGUCGCCCCUUCCCGUGCGUCUGAUAGGCAAUGUCUGGGCUAACUGUGAUCAUGGUCAGUGGUAAGUGGACCACUAUCAGUAGUAAUAUCCAGUGAUGCUCACCUUUCCUCUUAACACUUGAGGAAUUAGACCUCUUGUUAGCAUCUUGGAAUUCAACAUUUAUUACUACCAUCUGACCUUAGGAUUCCGCGGCAAUUUGUUAGUUUCUUCCCUUAUUUCCAUUUAAUUUACUUUGAAAUGCCAACCCAACUGUGUAUAUAUACACAGAGACCUUUCCGUACAGACGUAGACUCCGGAUGUCAAGGAAGGAUCUGCUGCUAUUCCUUGGCCUGAGGAGGGUCUUCUGGAGGGGUGGAUAUUGAACCUGUGAAUCAGAGACCACAGUAAGUAAUUCUGUCACUGUCAGGGACCUUCCCUCUUGUCUACUGCCUGAAACUUCCAGGAAGCAAACUUGAGCUUUGUCUAAAUAUUGAGACGUUAUCAACCCAAGGCUCUUUGAAUUCAAGAUACUGGUGGUCAUCGACCCAGGGAAACAACAUGUCCCUCUUACCUCUCUGCCAUCUGGGAGCACCCAGAGCUGGGAGGAGUUUUGGAGAUGUGCUCCGCACCCAGUGAAAAUGGAAAACAAAGACAGCCUGUCAACUGGGGUAAGGGUCGGGGUCUUGGAAAGGCUGCAUUACACCCGAUUCCUAAUCCUCUUGAUCACUGACACCUGAGACACCGAGGCCUGGAGGAACUGAAGCAGAAAUACUUUUUAAAGUAUUUUGCUGUUUGAAAGGAGUGAACAAAGGGGGAAAGUGGUCAUUCCUGAUAGUGUCCCUCCCAGUUUUCAGCCCUAGCCCCGCUAGAAUUUUCCCAGUAGAUUUUUGUUGUUGUUGUUGUUUUGGUUUGGUUUUUUUUUUGGGGGGGGGUUGUGAACUGAAUUAUGCUCCUGGGCCCCCAUUCAUAUGUUGAAGCCCUACCCCACAUACUUCAGUGUGCAACUAGAACCUUUCAAUCAGCGAUUAAAUUAUGACAACAGUGUCCCUGCCUAUUACAGAAUGGUGUUUGUAAGGGAGUAUUAGAACACACGGGGUGACAGAAAUGCCGUAAGAAGGUGGCAACUGCAAGCCAGGGAGAAAAGAUCAGAAGAACCAAUCCUGUCACCACUUUGGCUUUGUAUGUCUAGUCUCCAGAAUGAAGAGAAAUUUUCUUCUGGUUAACCCACCCAAUAUGGGAUAUUGUGUUGGAGUGGCCUGCUAUGGUUUGGAUAUGUGUUUCCCAGAGUUUUCUGUGUUCAAAUUAUUUCAUUCAAAGGUCUCCAGUGUGGCUAUGUUAGGGGCUGGGGGAAUCUUA